AUGGAUUGCCGUAAGACACUGCUGGUAGCUGCAGGCAUGGCCACCAUCGCCGCCGCGGCCGCAUUGCUCCCGACGACAGCGUCCGCGGCGACGUACACGGUCGGGGACGGCUCCGGCUGGGACGUCGCCAUCGACUACGACGCCUGGGCCAGCGGCAAGAAGUUCAAGGUCGGCGACACGCUCGUGUUCCGGUACAACGCGGGGCAGGACGUGGUGGUGGUGGACGAGCAGAGCUACAACGACUGCGCUACGCCGAACAACGCCCCGGUGCUGACCUCCGGCAACGCAGUCGCUGUGAAGCUGGGGCAGUCCGGAAAGUACUUUUUCAUCUGUGACGCCGAAGGGGAGUGCGCCUCCGGGAUGAAGGUCGCCAUCAACGUCCACUGA